AUGUCGACAGAAAGCACGAACGUUCGUGGCGAGAAGCUCAACUUCUUUAAAGACGGUCUAGGCUUCUUCAAGGAUGGCUACUGCAGGACUGGACCUGAAGACAAGAGACAUCUCUCCGUUGCGGCCAUCAUGACCCACGCCUUCCACCAGUCAGAAUACGGAGACGACGACUACAAGGGUAUCUCCGCUGGCCAAAAGACGUGCCUGUCUGCCUAUGACUUCAAGAACUGUAUCAAGGAGAUGGGACCUGAUCUUGGUCCAAAAGUCUAUCUCUCAGCAACAGACAAGAAAGCGCUCGAUGUGGUGAGCAUGUCGGACUUAAAACGAUACGCCACCAAAGAGAAAUAG